AUGUCAGCCAUAUUCAUUGGAAGUCAGAUCGGUGAACGCAUUAGAAAAGCAUUUGAAAUAGAAAAUGAUGUUGACUUGUACGUUGAAGAAGGUCCCGCUGCCACAAAUAACGUGGCAGUAUCGAUUGGUUACGGUGGAAUGAUCACGUGGUCAAGAAAAUCGAAGAUUUUUCUUCGUUCGUGCUUAAGCCAACAGAUGAAGAAUCUGGUGGCGCCAUAUUCAAGUUUGCUCGGGAAAUUCAAAAGAACAGUACUGCUAAAUUGGAGGAGGUUUGCUAUUUGUAGCAUGAAACUCGUCGGCGGGAAGCUUCGAGAAUGGCCUCCAUUACUUGAUAAACGCGAAAUCCAGGACAUGGUACAUGGCUCAAUCUCGCUCUUUCAUCCCCUGGAUCGUGUAGUGGACACAAGAGAAUUCCAGCGAUUACGGGAACUCAAACAGCAGGGUGUCACCUAUUUUGUGUAUCCCUGUAGCACUCAUAGCCGAUUUGUACAUAGCCUAGGGACGUAUUGGUUAGCUUUUAAAUUCGUCGAGUCUCUGAAAAGAGAUUCAUCGCUGAAUAUUACCGGUCAAGAUCACUUGUGUGUAUCCAUGGCAGCAUUGUGUCACGAUCUCGGGCACGGACCUUUUUCACAUCUCUUUGAUGGAGCAUUCCGUGAAGCUUCUGGAGCCGCUCCUUAUACGCACGAAUCCCUCUCGAUCCUUCUCCUGCGGCGCAUUGUGAGCGAUCCACAGAUCCGCGCUGAUCUGGAGCGGUACCUUGGAACUGGCGACGAAUUUGCUCGAAACAUGACAUUCGUUGAAGAAAUUAUUUCUUCGGAGAAAUUCGAUGUUAAUGGCACCUGGCUACCUCGUGGUCGGCCCGUGGAAAAAGCUUUUCUCUACGAUGUGGUUGCCAACAGCAAUGAUUCAAUCGAUGUGGAUAAAUUUGAGUAUUUAGUAAGGGAUUCCUUUUGCGCCGGGAUACCAAUCCCGUUUAAUAAGCACAGUAUUGAACGGCUUACUGAGAACGCAAGGGUCCUUCCUGAUCCGCAUCGAGGGUUCCCACGAAUAUGCUAUGCAAAGAAGGUUGCUGAUAUUGUGUUAUCUGUCGGCGAUUCGCGACAAAUGUUGCACAACCUCAUGUACCAGCAUCGUGUCGUGUGUGCUAUUGAAACGAUGGUUGUAAAAGCAAUGACCCUUGCUGACAAAUAUCUUAGCUACAUGGGCGAUGACGGAGUACAGUACCCUUUAUCCAAAGUUACUGAUAACCUGGAGGCAUACUUGAAGACCACUGAUGCUGUGCUGAGAGAUAUCGCCAACUCGACCGUUCCGCAGAUGAAGGAGGCCCAGAAAAUACUGGAAGCUAUCGAACGGCGAAACAUUCCUGUAAUGCUCUCUGAGGUGGAAUGUGGACCGUCCUGUGCUGAUCUGCUUAACUCCGUGUCUAAUGGUGAAGCAACGAACAAUUGGAGCAACAUACAGAAGAUGAUUAGUCGGAAACUCAAAGAAGAACUUGGAGAAAACUAUGAUGAUAACAAAAUUAUGGUUCUGGCGCGUGUAAUGCACCGUGGGCUUGACGGCAGAUCACAUCCCAUGACCAGAGUUCUUUUGUACGAUAAUAAACAGACUGGUGAAGUGGUGCCACAAACAGUUGACGAGGAGUGGCUCCGUCUAAAAACUCCGCGAGAAGCGGCGAUCUGGUCGAUUUGUCUGUACGUGUCGAGGUCGAUGCCCACUGAAGAGCGAUUAAAAGUGAGCUCUGCCUUCGACGUUGUCGUGACAAGAUCAGGAUUACGAUCACCUGAAUCUCAGAGGAGGAACAUAUCGUCCUGA